GCGGCGACAGAAUUUACGUUUCAAAUGGUCGUGAGAGAGCUGCUGGUAGUGCGGGUUUUUGGGUAUUAGAUAAUUCAAAUCAGAGUUAUUUAUUAACUGCAGGUCAUGCAGCUAAUAACAGAUCUAGACCUGUGAAAUUUUAUUCAAGGUCAAAUACCAUAAUCGGUCCAAUGCAUUAUUAUCAUAAUGCCAUAACUGAUUUUGGAUUAAUUUCACUUGAGAAUCCAGAAAUCAUACUAGCACCAAGAAUAAGGAACUAUCAUAUUGUGCUUUAUCCUGAGAUAUUUAUAGUAGAU